AUGAGCGGCGGGGGCGGGGCGGGGUCCAGGUGCGCCUCGGCGUACACUUGGCAGAGCGCCUGGGAGCCGCCUGUGGGCAGGAGAGAAUCUGUCAAAUGCGAGGUUCCUUUAAUAAGAGCGACCAGUCCGGCUCCGAGAGUCAUGGCGACCGCAGCGUCUAACCACUACAACAUCCUCACCUCCAGCGCAUCCAUCGUGCACUCGGAGCCCGGCAGCAUGCAGCAAGCCACGGCGUACCGGGACGCGCAGAGCCUGUUGCAGAGCGACUACCCGCUGCAGAGCAACAGUCACACGCUCAGCCACGCACACCAGUGGAUCACGGCGCUGUCCCACGGAGAGGGAGCGCCGUGGUCCUCCAGCCCGCUCGGCGCAGAGCAGGACAUCAAGCCCGCGGUGCAGGGCGCCCGGGACGAGAUGCACAACUCCAGCAGCAACCUGCAGCACCAGUCGCGGCCGCCCCACCUGGUGCACCAGACGCACGGGAACCACCACGACGGCCGGGCGUGGAGAACCACCACCGCGGCGCACAUACCAAGCAUGGCGACGACGAACGGCCAAAGCCUUAUUUACUCCCAGCCGGGCUUCAGCGUGAACGGGCUGAUCCCGAGCAGCGGGCAGGGGAUGCACCACCACAACCUAAGAGACAGUCAUGACGACCACCACAGCCCGCACCUCAGCGAACACGGCCACCCUCCGUCCCAGCAUCAGCACCAGCACCGGCCGCAGAGCCACCACGACCACUCGGACGAGGAUACGCCGACCUCGGACGACCUGGAGCAGUUCGCCAAGCAGUUUAAACAGCGGAGGAUCAAGCUGGGCUUCACGCAGGCGGACGUGGGACUCGCCCUGGGGACCCUGUACGGAAAUGUGUUUUCCCAAACCACCAUAUGCAGGUUUGAGGCCCUGCAGCUCAGCUUCAAAAACAUGUGCAAGCUGAAGCCUCUGUUGAACAAGUGGCUGGAGGAGGCGGACUCCACCUCGGGCAGCCCGACCAGCCUGGACAAAAUCGCGGCGCAGGGGAGGAAAAGGAAAAAACGGACUUCGAUCGAGGUAAGCGUAAAGGGAGCUUUGGAGAGCCAUUUUUUGAAGUGCCCUAAACCGGCAGCGUCGGAAAUAAUCACCCUGGCGGACAGUCUGCACCUGGAGAAAGAAGUGGUGAGGGUUUGGUUUUGUAACAGGAGACAGAAGGAGAAACGCAUGACCCCUCCCGGAGGAGCUCUGCCGGGGAGCGAGGAUGUGUACGGGGACACGCCGCCGCACCACGGGGUCCAGACCCCGGUCCAAUGA